GUGCAUAUGCCUACUUUGGUGUAUACCAAAGGGUGUGUGGGUUUGGUUAAUUUACUCUAUAGUUUUAUAUAUAUCAUUUGCCCCUUUUUUUAUGUUUUAUUACCUGAGUUUCAAUAUUUAUCCACAUCCCUUCCUGAGCCACUAUCAUAGAACCUAGUAUUACCUCCCAGUUCAUUCUUACUGCUGAAAACCUCCUUAAUCUGACUGUCUUAGAAGUUUCAGUGCCUGCCACUGACCAUUUGAUUUAAGAUUCUUGGAAGAAAAAGCUGCUCAAACGCUCUGGGCAGAAAACAGCACAGAUGUUGGAUAUACAGCAUCCACUUCCCACUGGAUAGCCUACACACUUCACCUUCCUCAGAGUUUAUGCCUGAGAAUUAACUACGUUCAGACUCUGGAUGCAAUCUGUGAUACAGCCACAGCAUCCCUUCCCUCUUCCAUGGGGAAAGUUUCAUAUCCUUCCACAAGGAAGAGAGCAACACAUCGACUAAGCCUUCCAUCUAGCCCACAGGAUCCAAUUAAGUACUGUCACAUAAUACCUCCAAGGAUAACAACGCCUGAUAUCACGGCUUAGCAAUUUGUGCUCACUCUCUGUAUCACUCAUGUUCAUCUGUUUCAGGUCUACUCUUCUGGUGGAAUCAGUACUGUUUGGGGUCAACCAGACUUCAGGCUCCCACCCACCUAUGCUGCUUUUGUUAAUGGAGUCGCUGUAAGCAGAUCCACUCAAUGGAUUUUGAUGAUACAUGGCACCCUGCCACCCACCCUUCUGGGGCUGUCCUUCCCGUUGUCACAGCUUUAUCAGAAGCCUUGCCACAGAGUCCAAAGUUUUCUGGUCUUGACCUGCUGUUGGCUUUCAACAUUGGAAUUGAAGUGCAAGGCCGAUUAAUGCGUUUCUCCAAGGAAGCCAACAACAUACCAAAGAGAUUUCAUCCUCCCUCGGUGGUAGGAACUUUGGGCAGCGCUGCUGCAGCAUCCAAGCUUUUAGGGCUCAGCAAGACAAAGUGUCAAGAAGCUCUGGCUAUCGCCAUCUCUCAUGCAGGAGCACCCAUGGCAAAUGCUGCUACUCAGACCAAGCCCCUUCAUAUUGGCAAUGCUGCCAGGCUUGGGAUAGAGUCUGCAUUUCUGGCAAUGCUGGGUCUCCAAGGAAACAAGCAGAUCUUGGACUUGAAAACAGGAUUUGGGGCCUUCUAUGACAACUAUAACCCCAAAGUCCUUCCAAAUCUCGACACCUACACUUGGCUGCUAGACCAGCAGGAUGUGGCUGUCAAGCGUUUCCCUGCCCACCUGGCCACCCAUUGGGUAGCUGAGGCAGCCGAAUCUGUACGAAAGCACCUAGUGACAGACAAAGGUCGGCUUCCUGUUGAGCACAUCAAGAGAAUUGUGCUGAGGAUUCCAGAGGUCCCAUAUGUAAACAGGCCCUUCCCAGACUCGGAACACGAAGCUCGUCAUUCCUUCCAAUAUGUGGCCUGUGCCAUGCUCCUUGAUGGUGCUGUCACCGUCCCAUCAUUCCAACAAUCCCAGAUCAACAGGCCACAGGUUAGAGAGCUGCUCCAGAAGGUGGCGCUGGAGCACCCUCUGGAUAAUAUUCCAAGCUUCAACACACUGUACUGCGAGGUGAGCGUCACCCUUGGGGAUGGAGCCACCUUCACUGGGCGCUCGGAUACCUUCUAUGGUCACUGGAGAAGGCCUCUGAGCCAAGAAGAUCUGCAGAAAAAGUUCAGAGCCAACGCCUCCACAAUGCUGCCCAGCGACACAGCUGAAAGUCUUAUAAAAAUGGUAGAAAAUCUUGAAGACCUAGAGGACUGCUCUGUUCUAACCUCACUUUUAAAAGAUGCUUCCCCUCAGAGGCCACAAUAUUCAGCCCACAGUAAUUCCAUCCACAGUCACUCCUGAGGCUCACUGAUCCUUAAGUGAGUCAGUAUUUGGGGAAUCAAUAAUUUGCUAUAAAGCAAGGAACUGCUAUUUGGUCGGCCCAGGAACACCUGCUAUAAAAUGGCAAGACUCGGGAAAAAAAAUUGCAUUCAUCUGGAAAGUACCUUGCUGAAUUCUGCAUGAUAAUUCAAAUCACCUAAAUUGAGAUGAUACGCAAGAAACACAAAAAAGUUGAUUUGAGAAUUAUUUACUAGUGUACAAUUUAAGUAAUCUGUGAUCUACUUGCAAAAACUAAUCUUUUCCAAGGAUUGAUUUAUGAACUUCAUGGACCUCAAGACUACAGAUAACGACCUUGAAGGUGUAUUUAUGGUCAGUGGAGAGUAGUUCUGGUCUGUUACACCACCAGCAGAUGACUUAGCUUGUGCUUCUUACCAACCUCCCCACAGUGCAAUGGAUAUACUGGCCUCUGCAGACAAUAUGCUCUAUUUUCAAUCAGGAAUAUUUGAAUAUUUUAAUAGAUUUGUCUAUAUCUAAUUUACCUAUCAUUUAAUGACCCAUUUCAACUAUAUAUUUCAAUUAGCUUUGGUAAAUUUUAGGGAGUUGUACCAAUACCACAACAAUCCAAACUGGGAAUACUUCCAUUGUUUCAAAAAAACUCCUUCUGCCUGCCUAUAAUUAAUCACAUUUCUGCCUCAGUCCUUAGCAAAUGAGACUCAGUCUCUGUAGUUUUAUCAUUUCGGGAAUCUCAUAUAAAUGGGAUCAUAUAACAUGUGUCUGACUUAUUUCACUUACCAUAAUGGCUUUGAGAUUCCUUCACAUAUCAUUCAGCACUUUAUUCUUGUUCAUUGUUGAUAUCUAUAGCACACAUUCCUUUUCAUGUGCUAGCUAAUUAGAGAGCUUGAUUAUUCCCAGGUUGGGCCAGUAUAGACGGCACUUCCAGAAACAUGCACUUGCAAAUCUGUGUGUGGAUACACGAGUCCACUGGGUAGAUACCCGGCUGUGAGGGUGUUAGACCACUCGGUAAAUGUUACACUGAACUUCGGGAAAGCUGUUCUCCUACGUGGCUCCAGCAUGCAGGAUUUCACAAGCAGCUGAGGAGUGGUUCUUGUUUCUCCUCACUCGCCAUAAAGCUUGGCAUUGUGAAUCUUUUUAC